CAUGUCAGCUGAAACACCAAUCACACUGAAUAUUGAUCCUCAGGAUCUGCAGGUCCAAACAUUCACUGUAGAGAAGCUACUGGAACCUCUCAUAAUCCAGGUUACUACACUUGUAAAUUGUCCCCAGAAUCCUUCUAACAGGAAAAAAGGACGUUCAAAAAGAGCCAGAGUCCUUCUAGCUUCUGUGGAGGAAGCGACUUGGAAUUUAUUAGACAAGGGAGAGAAGAUUGCCCAGGAAGCCACAGUUUUAAAGGAAGAGCUUACUACUGUACUUGAGGAAGUUCGCAAAGAAAGUGAAGCUCUGAAAGUAUCAGCUGAGAGAUUUGCAGAUGACCCCUGUUAUCUCCCAAAAAGGGAGGCUGUGGUUCAGGCUGCCCGUGCCUUGUUGGCUGCAGUUACCAGACUCCUUAUCCUCGCAGACAUGAUUGAUGUCAUGUGUCUCUUACAGCACGUGUCAGCUUUUCAAAGAACAUUUGAGUCUCUUAAAAACGUUUCCAAUAAAUCUGACCUCCAGAAAACCUACCAGAAGCUUGGGAAGGAGCUGGAAAAUCUGGAUUAUUUAGCCUUCAAACGUCAGCAGGACUUAAAAUCUCCAAAUCAGAGGGAUGAAAUCGCAGGGGCCCGGGCCUCUCUGAAGGAAAACUCCCCGCUCUUGCAUUCAAUUUGUUCAGCUUGUUUGGAACAUUCUGAUGUUGCUUCCCUUAAAGCCAGCAAGGACACAGUUUGUGAAGAAAUUCACAAUGCCCUCAAUGUAAUUUCAAAUGCUUCACAAGGCAUCCAGAAUACGAUUGCCCCACCGGAAUCUAAGGCAGCCACCCUGGGAAGUGCCCUUGAUGAGCUUGAGAAUUUAAUUAUCUUGGAUCCACUCACAGUGACUGAGGAAGAAAUAAGACCAUCACUAGAAAAACGUCUUGAAGCCAUUAUCAGUGGGGCUGCACUGUUGGCUGACUCUUCCUGCACAAGAGAUUUCCAUCGGGAACGGAUUAUCGCAGAAUGCAAUGCCAUUCGUCAGGCUCUCCAGGACCUGCUUUCAGAGUACAUGAACAAUGUAAGUAACUGGUUUUCCACCAACCCCUUACAAUGGUUUGACCUACCUCUUAGGAAUAUUAUAAAUGUUGUCUAA